AUGUUUUUUGGACAAGAAGGUGAAAGAUUAGAGCAAAAAAGAGCAGAACAACGUUCACAAUAUGCAGCUGAUCUUAAACGUCAAAUUGAAGAACAAGGAAAGCCUUCUGUUUUAAGACAAAAUGGACAGAAUUCUGUAUCUUCUCCAUAUCGUGUUAUUGAUGAUUCACCACCAAAGAAUUAUCAAUCAUUUGCUACAAAAACGUUUAUGGAUGAUGAUCCAAGAGCUCAAUCUCCAAGACGUCACGUAAACGAACGAGAAGAACCUGAUAAUUCAUAUUAUUCGCAACCACCUUCUUACCAAUCAAGUAACAGUCAAAAUAAUCAAGCUUCAAUUGAUAGAAUUUUAAACUACGAAUUACCAAUGAAACUAAAACCAUUAGAAGAUGCUAUUACUAACUUAAACACCAAACUAAAUAGAAGUAAUGCUAAUUCUAAUGACUUAUUUUCUACAAUUAGAGAUAAAAUCUCUGAAUUACAGAUGAAUAUGACAAAAUUAUCUCAAAAGACAGAAGAAAAUACACUUAAGAUCAAAUAUUUGAGUAGCGAAAUGUCAGAACGAAAUCAUAAAUACCAAGAAGCAAUUUCUUCCAGUCAAAAUAAUCAAAUAAAUAACAAUAACGUAUCAGCAAUGGAAGAAGAUAUAAUAGCGCUUACAAAAUGGCAAACAAAUAUCGAACAAUCGAUUAAUUCAUCAAUAGAGCAAAUAAAUCGAAUGAUUUUGGAUGUUUCACAAAAAUCUUAUGAUUCAGACCUCCAUAUCAUGCAGCAGAUGGAAAACAUGAACAAACAGACAGCGUAUACAUUCGGAAAAGUCUCUACAUGUAUCAGUUCCAUACAAGAUUCGAUUAUUUCUAUGAAUAAUGACAUAAAUCAGUUGAAUAACGCGGUAAAUCUGUCAUCAACUGAUCUGAAAAACCGAGUUCAAACGUAUUUUGUUAAUAAUUCUCAAGCUUUGGAUAUAAUUCAAAGCGAAUUCAUACAAACUUCUUCGAAUAUGCAUGAUUUUAUCAGUCAGCAGCUCAAAUCAUUGGAAGAAGCUUUAUGUGGUGAGGUAAAUGCAAGAAAAUCUGCAAUUUCUAAUAAUGAAAUUCCAAAUAACGAAAAAGCGAAUGAUUCACAAUUAUCCAAUGUCAAAGAGAUCGUUAACAAUGAGUUUAAAGGCUACUUCGAGACAAUUAUGAACAGAAUUGAUGAAUAUGAAAAUAAUGUUGAGAUAAAUUACAAACAAACGCAACAAAAAGUAGCUAAAAUUAAUAACAACCUUGUUGACAUGAGUUAUGAUGAUUCAGAACUGAGAGGAAGGAUCGAAUUUCUUGAAGAAAGAUUAAUAUCUCAAUCUGACGGUCGUCCAAAGACAUCAGACCAAGCAAAGCAUACUCUGUCUAACUCAAAGAACUUCGCUAAACCUGUUGUUAAGCUUUUGCCAAUGGGAAUCAAGCCAAAAUCAGAUGAUCACGAAAAAAUCUUUGAAACAUCGAACAAAGAGGUUGAAGAUAAGCUGUAUGAGGUAGAUAUGGAAGGAAUAAGUGUUAGAGAUAGUCUCCAAGACCUUAAAAACAUAGUUCCGAAAUCAAAUCUGUCUCCAAAAGAAAAUAACGACAGACCUGACUCUCCAUUACCUAUUUCACCAAAGAAAGAAGCUAAACUUAAAGAAGAAAACCAAAAGAACCCGAAUCGACCAAAAGUAUCAUUUAUUCUUCCAAAUUGGUUCACUCCACCGAAACCACGUGAUGCAAAUUAUUAUGCCAAGCCAAUCUACGAAGAAAAUGACAACGAACCUCCAUUCGAAUUAAAUUACGACAAUCUCGAAUCUCCUGAAGAGGAAGAAAUGGUUGAAGAGGAAGAAGAAGAAGUAAAUGAGUCUGGAAAACCUAAAUCUCCAGUCAAACCUCCUGAUGAGCCAAACGAAGGAAAGCCAAGAAGACCGAAAUCUCCGAGAAAAGGGAAAAACAAAUCUUUGAUGUCUAAAAGCAUAAACAACCAGUUCAUGAUUGCUCAGAAGAUAAAACCUAUUAAAAUAGAUGAUUUCGAUGGAAACUCUUCACUACAACCAAUAGAAAUGAUGCAAUUCACUCCUGUACAGAAAGAUUAA